AUGGCUUCACUCACAGAAAAGUCGCCUGCAGUGGCUGACAGCCCUGCUGACACCCGGGAUGAGGCCCAGAGCACAUCCCGUGAGGGCCCGUGGAUUCGACUCAUGACGGGCCUUCAUUGGUACUCCCGCGACACGCCCAGCGAGGAGAAGAGGCUCGUCCUCCGCCUGGACCUGCUGAUCCUCACCUUUGGUUGCUUGUGCUUCUUCACCAAGUACCUCGACCAGUCGUCCCUCACAAACGCCUACGUCAGCGGCAUGAAAGAGGACCUCAACCUCAACGGCAACGAGCUCAACUACAUGACCAUCGUCUUCUGGUCUUCCUACUGCACGUCCAUGAUCCCGGCCUGCUACUACCUGACCCGCUACCCCAUCAACGUCGUCCUGCCCAUCCUCGAGAUCGGCUGGGGCCUGUCGACGUUUGGCCUCGCCUGGGCGCAGAACGUCCAGACCAUCUACGCCAUGCGCUUCUUCACGGGCCUCUUCGAGUCCUCCUCCUUCACCGGCAUCAUCUACGUCAUCGGCUCCUGGUAUAAGCCCUCGGAGAUUGGCCGCCGUGUCGCCCUCUUCUACAUUGCCGCCCCCCUGGGCACCAUGUUCGCAGGCUAUCUGCAAUCCGCCGCGUACACCAACCUGCACCACGCCCACGGGCUCGCCGGUUGGCGCUGGCUCUUCAUCGUAGACGCCAUCAUCACCAUCCCCAUAGCCUUUAUCGGCUUCUUCGUGUUCCCUGACGUGCCCUCGCGCUCGAGGCCGAGGCUGCUGCCCGCGCACCUGCACGCCUUCGCGCAGAAGCGUCUCGAGGGGCUGACGGCGCCGCCGCAGCUCAAGAUCUCGCGCGACAUCUUCAAGCGCGUCUUCACCCGCUGGCACUGGUAUCUCUUCGUCGCGCAGUGGACCAUCAUGAACGAGAACCUGCAGCCCAGCGGCUCCCCCUUUUCGCUGUACCUCAAGGCGUUCCCCGAGACGUACUCGGUCACGCGGAUCAACACGCUGCCGACGGUUGCGACAGCCAUCUCUAUCGUCUCCGCCUUUGCGGCGGGCGCUCUUGCGGACCACACCGGCUGGUUCGCCGGGCUGUCUGUGGCCGCUACCGUCCCCUCGUUGGUCGGCGUGAUCAUGCUUGUGGCCUGGAACGUGGGCGAGGGCGGGCGCCUUGCGGCGUUCAUGCUCAACGGCUUCGAGGGCGCAAUACCCUCGCUGACGAUGGCGUGGGCGACGGUGACGAUGGCUGGCGAUGCCGAGGAGCGCGCGGUCGUGACUGCGUCGAUGAAUGCCAUCGGCCAGGCGAUUGUUGCCUGGGCGCAGUUGCUGCAGUUCCCUGCCGUCGAGGCGCCGCGCUUCACUCGCGGGUUCAGGAGCGUCGUGGGGACGAUGGUAGUGCAGUUCUUCAUCACCGGCGCGAUUUGGUUCCUGGUGAGGAGGGACCGGAGGGCGAAGCAGUGGUCGGAGGAUGAUAGAGGCGAGCAAACUCAGGUGGAGGGAAAACGAGAGAGUGUUUGA